UUACUCCACCUACUUUGGCACUAGUCCUAGAUUAUCUUGCCUACUUCAUCCUACUUUAUUUAAUGAGUGACUUUAGUAACGUUCACAGAAGGUGCAUACCUCAAACAUACUACCUGAUAUAAACGUAUUCAGAAGCUAAAACGAAGACACGUUUGACAGUCCUAAUAGGAGCCCCGAGUGCACUCGUCGGGAAUUCAGUCAAUGUAUCCCAGUGACAUGGUGGUUCGUCAUACUAUGGACAGCAGAGAGUGCCGUACUGGACCCGGCGCUGCACCUCUAUCCUAGUCCACCACUUACAAACAAAAAUGACCUGGGAAACCUCUGGGGUCAGGCCAGAAUGGAACGCGACGCCGACUUGAGCGUGAUACCUAUUGAACAAAUUAAAUCCACCUCGCAGGCUACAACUCCUACGACGACAGACCAGGAAGAUAUUAUGGUUCCAAUUCUGAAAACGAAACAUAAAUGCACAUUAUCCACUUCUUCGACAAAGGAAGAAGAACCGAAUCCUACAACAAUGAUAGAUGUAAAGGACCAACCAACCGUACCAACAGCAUCUGCCUCUGAUGACGACGAAUCAAUGGAAAAAUCCGAAACCAUAUGGCCGUUUCUGCGUUCUACACGACCUCAUAUCGGGAUCCACAUUCCUUUGACGUUCAGCCUUAGAGGGUCGUAUGGGAGAUACGGCACCGGCGCAGGCGUGAUCGGUAGCAGCUACGCCAGUGUGGAUACUGAAGGGGAUGGACUGUUCAAGCUGUAUGGAAAGUCUGGACUGGCGGGAAGCAGUUACGGAUCAUAUGGUGGAAUUGGUGGGACCAGGAUAUAUGGGAAUGGGGGCGGUCCUGCUUGGAGUGGGUGGGGGAACGGUAAAUGGGGUCAUUAUGGCAAGGGUUAA